AUGUCGCUCGUUCAACUGUCGCCGCGUUGCAUUCCGGCCGAGCACGAAGCCGAGCAGGCGCUGGGCCAGGGCGCGCAGCGCUGGAACACAGUCCCGCCCGUCAUCGAGCGGCUGAAGAAGCGCGCACGCGAGCUCGGCCUGUGGAACCUGUUUCUGACCAAGGAAUACAAGGAGGGACCGGGGCUGACCAACUACGAAUCAUGGGCCGCAGCCCGAACAUUCGCGCCGGUCGCGACCAACUGCGCGGCGCCCGAUACCGGCAACAUGGAGGUGUUUGCCAAGUAUGGCAACGCGGAGCAGAAGAAGCGCUGGCUGGAGCCGCUGAUGAACGGCGAGAUCCGCUCGGCCUUUGCCAUGACCGAGCCCGCCGUGGCCUCGUCGGAUGCCACCAACAUUGCGACGUCGAUCAAGCAGGACGGCGACCACUAUGUCGUCAACGGCCACAAGUGGUGGAUCUCGGGUGCCGGCCACCCCCAGUGUGCCGUGUUCAUCGUCAUGGGCAAGAGCGACACGAGCGCACGCAAGCACGAGCAGCAGUCGAUUAUCGUUGUGCCCGCCGACACCCCGGGCGUCACGGUGGUGCGGCCGCUGACGGUGUUUGGGUAUGACGAUGCGCCGCACGGCCACUGCGAGGUGCGCUUCGACAACGUGCGUGUGCCCAAGGAGAACCUGAUCCUCGGCGAGGGCCGCGGCUUCGAGCGGGUGCAGAGCCGCACCACCUUUGGCCGCAAGAUCGUCGAGCACGGCGUUGUCCUGGACUACAUUGCCAAGUCGCGCAUGGAGCUCGAGGCGUCGCGCAUGCUGGUGCUGCGUGCUGCCGACAUGAUCGACAAGGUCGGCGCAAAGAACGCGAAGAAGGAAAUUGCAAUGGCCAAGGUCACUGUGCCCAACGUUGUCCUGGCAAUCCUGGACCGCGCCAUCCAGAUGUACGGUGCCGGCGGUGUCGGCCAGGACACUCCGCUGGCCAGCAUGUGGGCUGGGAUGCGCACGCUGCGCAUUGCCGAUGGCCCCGACGAGGUCCACAUCCGCCAGAUCGCGCUGCUCGAGAUCCAGGAGCAAAACGCGAAGCAGUCGGCCAAGCUGUAGACUCUUUCUUUUUUGAACCUUGUUUCAAAUGAGAUUGCCCCGUUAUUGUCGCACUCGCCAUAUCCGGAAAUGACGGGCCCG